CACACAGUGACAGUCAUAUCAUUUAUUUGUGAAUGCGAAUAUUAUUUUAAUAAGGGUAAUCGUAGAAAACGCUAACGAUGGAGGAACCUCAGAAUGAUAACUACGUCGACAAUGGAAGCCCGCUGGUGGUGCAAGAGGAGCAACAACAACAACAAGAAGAUGAUGAGCCAAUGGUUGGACCGGGACCCGCACCCGCCCCGGUCCGUCGCCCCAAACGCCCUCUCCAGUUCGAACAGGCCUAUCUUGAUUCUCUUCCUUCUGCUAACAUGUAUGAGAAAAGUUACAUGCAUCAAAAUGUGGUAACUCAUGUUGCUGUUUCAGUAGCUGAUUUUUUCAUCACAGGGAGUCAAGAUGGACACUUGAAAUUUUGGAAGAAAAAAGGUGUCGGUAUCGAGUUUGCUAAGACUUUUAAAGCCCACCGUGGGCCUAUUGAAGGGUUGUCGGUUAGUGUAGAUGGUUUGCUUUGCUGUACAAUCUCGGAUGAUAACCAUGUCAAAAUAUUUGAUGUCUACAGCUAUGACAUGAUGUCAAUGAUAAAACUUCCAUAUAUACCUGGUGCGGUUCAAUGGGUUUACAAACAAGGGGAUGUCAAAGCCAAACUUGCUAUUAGUGAUCGUAACUCCCCAUCUGUCCAUGUAUAUGAUGCACGAGCUGGAUCAGCCGAACCUAUUAUCUCUAAAAAGAUUCAUGUGAACCCUGUUAAAGUAAUGAGCUACAACCAUGCUUUUGAUACUGUGGUAUCUGCAGAUACCAUGGGAAUCAUUGAAUAUUGGGACCCUUCUACACUGAACUUCCCUGAAAAAGGGGUUAAUUUUAAAUACAAAAGUGAUACCGAUCUAUUGUCAAUCCUCAAAUGUAAAACUGUUGUUUCUGCUAUUGAGGUAAGCAAGGAUGGGAAGCAAUUUGCACUCACGUCACCUGAUCGUAGGAUACGCAUAUUUUGGUACAGAACCGGUAAACUAAGACGCAUCUACGAUGAAUCAUUAGAGAAUGCUCAAGAUCUUCAGAGAAGUGAUGUUCCCUUGUACCGGCUGGAAACUAUUGAUUUUGGUAGAAGAAUGGCAGUUGAUAGAGAAUUUGAAAAAACAGAAAAUGCACCACAGCCCAAUGCAGUAUUUGAUGAAAGUUCCAACUUUAUUAUAUAUCCAACUCUCCUUGGUAUUAAAAUUGUAAAUCUGCAUACAAAUAAAGUUGCCAGAAUACUAGGGAAGGUAGAGAACAAUGAUCGGUUUUUGAGAAUUGCAUUGUACCAAGGUGAUCAAAGCAACAAAAAAAUGCGCAAAAUUCCUGCUGCUGCUGCAAAUGUCAACGAGAGCAAGGAACCACUCACAGACCCCACUCUCUUAUGUUGUGCUUUCAAGAAACACAGAAUCUAUUUAUUCAGUCGGAGGGAACCCGAGGAACCUGAAGAUGCAACAAAGGGCCGGGAUGUCUUCAAUGAAAAACCACCUGCCGAUGAACUAAUGGCUGUGUCAGAUAUAGGAAAGUCUCUUACGACCUCUCUUCCGGAGAACGUGAUUAUGCACACAACGCUUGGGGAUAUCCACAUGAAGCUGUACCCUGAAGAGUGUCCAAAAACUGUAGAGAAUUUCACAACGCACUGUAAAAAUGGUUACUAUGAUAAUCUGAUAUUUCAUCGGGUUAUUAAAGGUUUUAUGAUACAAACUGGAGACCCCUUGGGAGAUGGGACAGGUGGGCAGUCUAUCUGGGGAAGAGAGUUUGAAGAUGAAAUUCACAAAAGUUUAAGACAUGAUAGGCCUUUUACACUGUCUAUGGCAAAUGCGGGCCCAAACACCAACGGGUCUCAGUUCUUUAUCACAACUGUUGCUACACCAUGGCUGGACAGUAAGCAUACUGUUUUUGGCAGAGUUAUAAAGGGCAUGGAUGUUGUUCAGGCAAUUGAGAAAGUGAAGACAGACAACGGAGAUAAACCUUAUCAAGAUGUGAAAAUCUUGAAUGUGACCGUUCCAAAGUCGUGAGUGAUGGCUGUAGCUGAUGAUCUGUGUUAUUUGCUGGUUGCAAUUGACUGAAUCUCCAAGAUACGAAAUCUGGUUGACAUAAAUUUGUAUAAUCGAAGAACAUCAGCAAGAGUAUGCAGUCAUGCAGAAGUGGCAUGUUGUCUAGCUUCAGCAGAGAAAGAGCUCAAAAUGUUUUGAUAGUCGUUUGUAUUUUUUUAACAGGAUAUAUUAUUUUAUUAACAAACUAAUGCAAAGUGCGGUUCAAGAUGGUAUCGAGGAGGAAAAGAAGAGAUGAAACUGAUUGUUUUUCACUGUUUCCUACAUUUUAUUUGGGGAAGUAUGCAAUCUUCCCAUCUGUUGUAAUUGUAGGGAAGAAGAUACUGUUCAGAAUGCCAAUUUUCUUCACAUAUAUGAGUUUUAUGAUCAAGUCAGACUCUUUUUAGCGUUUUAGCGGUA